AUGUGUUACAGAAAUGCACCACCCAAGUAUUCCUUCAAGUAUGGAGUCAACGACUACCACACUGGUGAUAUCAAGAGCCAACACGAAUCCAGAGACGGAGAUACCGUCAAAGGCCAAUACACACUCGUAGAACCCGAUGGAUCUAUCAGAACUGUGGACUAUACGGCUGACAAACACAGCGGAUUCAACGCAGUAGUCCGGAAAUCAGGUCCCACAAAACACAUAGAAGGACGGCAUCUGGAACACCAAGCCGUUGAAGAGCAACAUGUACCUCAGCAUCAUUUGGAAGAAGAUCAUGGUGUAUCGCAGUAUCACCAACUGGAACAGCAACAAGCGUUGGAAGAAGAUGUCGACGAAGGACAUCUGGAAGGUGAAGAUGGUAGUCAAUACGAAGAAGAAGAACAUCAUUAG